AUGUGGAAACCCGCCGGAGUGUCAAAAAGCACCUCCAACAGCUCAGCAGCGGGACCCCGAGCCGCAGCCGCUGCCGCCGUCACCUGUCUGCUUGUGGCCGGGAUGUUGGUCGUCACUGUCGGACACCCGGAGGAGCCUCCAGCUGCAAGGGCGAGCGGUAAAGUUUUCUCGGCGUAUUUUAAGAAGCUGACCCGGGAGAGGAGAGCGAUGAGCGGACCCCCGCGGAGAAGCUCCCCGCCCGGUCCUGUUGAACAUCUUACCCCGGGUGAUCUGUUCAUAGCGGUGAAAACCACCGGGAGGUACCACCGACAGAGGCUGGAGCUCCUGAUGGAUACAUGGAUCUCCAGAAACAUGCAACAGACGUAUGUGUUUACUGAUGGAGAGGACGAAAAGAUGAGGAAGAGGAUGGGAGAUCAUCUGAUCAACACCAACUGUUCAGCGGCACACAAUCGUCAGGCUCUCUCCUGUAAAAUGGCUGUGGAAUACGACACUUUUGUAAACUCUGGCAAAAAGUGGUUCUGUCACGUUGACGAUGACAACUACGUGAACGUCGGCUCCCUCCUGAAACUCUUGUCUCAGUUCAGUCACGCGCAAGAUGUUUACAUCGGCCGGCCCAGCCUCGAGAGACCGAUAGAGGCCACAGAGAGGCUCGGCACCGCUGAAAUGAAGCAGGUGCGUUUCUGGUUCGCCACAGGAGGAGCGGGCUUCUGUCUGAGCCGUGGUCUCGCUCUCAAGAUGAAACCCUGGGCCAGUGAAGGCACUUUCAUGGCGACCGCUGAACACAUCCGUCUCCCUGACGACUGCACGGUUGGUUACAUCGUCGAAGCGCUGCUCGGUGUGAGCCUCAUCCGCUCGGCGUUGUUCCACUCUCACCUGGAGAACCUGGGACUGGUGUCAGACGUACGCAACCAGGUGACUCUGAGCUAUGGCACUGUGGACAACAGCAGAAACACAGUCAACCUGAAAGGACCAUUUUCUAUAACUGAAGAUCCUACGAGGUUCAGGUCUGUGCAUUGUCUGUUGUACCCAGACACUCCUUGGUGCCCGAACCCCCGGCGACUUUAACACCCAUCCAGAGACACAGAUGGAAGGAGGGAGGGACUGAGAGAGGAGAGCAAGUAAAUGUCUGACUGAAAACUUGAUUUUCUUUGUUGGAAGAAGAAGAAAUCAUUGAAGAGUCCCACUGCUGCUCUCCUCUGACUCCCCAGCGUUGAAGGAUCUCUGAAACAUUUGGAUGUUUUCUCCAGUCUGACUUUUAUAAAGGAAUACUAUUUUAUUUGUUUGACACCCAACCCCUGACCCCACGAACUGUUGCUGGGGUGUCAGAAGGCCACAAAACCACAACAAAGGAAGACUGAAAAAAGUCCAAAUACUUGGAUGUGUGAAAAAUGGAGAAACUACUUUGCUCCUUUGAGAUCAUGUGGAGCAAGAACAUUUAAAUGUUAGCCUUAGGGUGUUACUUAAAUCAAAAGGGUUUAAAGGAUCAGUUCGCUUAACCAGAAGUGACUUUCAGAUGGCUGGAAAACAUCAGAACUAGAGGGGCCUGUGUCCAAUAAUUUCCAAAUCUUUCUGAAACCAACAAAUAUUCACACCCACUUCUCUUUCCAGCUCUGCUUUUUGUUCAUUCUUAACACAAUGAAUGCUUCCCAGGAGAGACAGUCUGAAAAGUGUGCACCAUUAUCCACAUUUUCAAACGAUUAUUGUGUCUCGUCCUUCCUCUACGAUGCCACCCUGACUCUGAGAGUGGUUGUUCAGAACAGCUGUAAACACUUUUGCCUUCUUAUAUGGUCAGGCGAUGUGUCUUAUGAACUGAACUGAAUUUUUGAGCUUAAUCCGGGCCCGUUAUCCUCUGCGGAGUGGCCAUUUUAGGACAUUUUGGCUAUAAAUUUAGAUCUGAGCCUGUCAG